GACGACACUUCUGAUGGCUACAAACUGCAAGAGAAGUGUAAGCGCUUGGCUCGCGCCUUGAAAGGCCCUCAUGUGCCGGAGCCCUCCGGACGAAGGAUUGCAAACAUUGAUCUUAAGAGCGUGGUUCCAUCCAGGGCGGUAUGUGAUCACCUCCUGGGUUUGUAUUUCCGUACCUACAACUCGAUAUACCGCGUACUGCACAAGCCCACCUUCGAACAAGAAUUGGAUGUGUAUUGGGCUGAUAAGAAAGCCGCAGGCGACUUGUUUGUGUAUAAACUCGUUCUCGCUUUGUCUAUUGGCGCGACCUUUUACACCGGACAAGACGCCAGAGCGGUCAGAAAGGCCGUGUCACGCGCUGCUUCCGACGUCGUCCUGGCCUGUCAGACCUGGCACUGCGUCCCCCUCACUAAACACGCUCUUGCGGAAGGCACCAUUCAACUAUUCAUUCUCUCCCUACUUGCCCGGCAGACUAAUUCUGUGUCUGUUGGUGGAGACAAUGUCUGGAUCUCUGCCGGCGCCCUGCUCCGCACCGCCACGAUGAUGGGGUUGCACCGGGAUCCAUUACACCUCUGCCAUGUCUCAAUCUUCAGGGGCGAAAUGAGGCGACGACUGUGGUACGGUAUACUCGAAGUCCUCGUACAGGCGAGUAUAGACAAUGGCCAGUUGCCAAUGCUGGCGAGCGACGAGUGGGACACGGCGGUUCCCGCCAAUGUCGACGACGAGGAGCUUACCGAAGACAUGCUGUUCCAUCCCAUCUCCAGGCCGUUGGACAAGGUCUGGACACAGAGCUCAGUGCAAUGUGCGCUUGCACGCUCGCUAACAUUACGUCUUCGAGUCGCCAAAGCCUUGAACAGCUUUCACUCCGAAUUGUCCUACGAGGAGACUCUGCAAAUGGGCAAAGAGUUAUCAGAUGAGUGUGUUGCCAAUAACAAGCUGUUUGGGCCGUGCAAACUCUCGUGCAAUGAGCCGGAUGAGCUGCGUCAUAAGCUGUUCCAGCUCCAGCUCCUCGAUACGCUGACCCGCCGUUUCCUCCUUUCACUACACACCCCAUUCGCCUACAAGAGCAGCCAUGAUCCAACGUAUUACUUCUCGAGGCAUGUCUGCCUAGACUCAGCGCUCAAGUUGCUAACCCACGUAACCCCCACUCCCAUGCCUUCCCCGUUAGAACAAACACCUUCUAAGCAAUCAGAUCACCGGCAAAGACCUCGGAUCUCAGAGGACGAAUACAACCUCAUGAAGUUGCGAUCACGCGGAACCUUCAGGAGUAUUCUCUACGAUGCGACCACAACUGUCUGCUUAGAGCUGACUCAACAACUACGAGAGGACCCUUCUGCUGCCCUGUUCGGAACCUCACCGGAGUCUCGAUCACUGCCACCCAUGCGGGGGGAGCUGUAUAGCACGGUCAAGGCCGCGGUGGAAACCCAAAAGAGCAGAAUCUGGGAGGGUGAGACGAACGUAAAGGGCUUUGUCUUCUUUGCAACCGCCAUGGCACAGGUGGACGGGAUGAUCCAA